AUGUUUGUUACCUUUCUUACAGUUUCAAUAUCUUUCGAGAGAUGGCUGGCUGUUUGUCGACCCCUCAUCCAUAGAAACUUGAAGGGAACCUUCCUUGGAAGCGCUUGGAUCCAUUAUAUCAGUAGUGUAGUUCUAGCAACACUGGUUAACCUACCAAAGUGGUUUGAAACAGAAGUGGUAGAAGAGGAAGUGUUCCUGGGAAAAGAAUGGGAUGACCGGAACAACACAGAUCUCUGGAUUAAAACUAAAACCUACCAAGCCACAGCUCUCCGUACCAAUCCUACAUAUAUACUGUACGGAAUGACAAUUCCUCGGUGGUUGUUCCAGAGUAUGGGUCCCCUCCUCCUACUUAUAACCUUCAGUAUUCUUACUGUUAACAGGCUCAAAGCCUUCAACGCGCGGUCUGAAAACAGAAAUGAGGUUCGUGUCACCAGGUUGACCUUUCUUCUGAUAGUGGAGUAUCUGGUAUUCAACAUACCUAGGAAAAUAAUUAUCAUUCUUUAUCCGUCAUUACAUGAAAUAAAUUGA